AUGCGUUUAGUUAGGUUCAGGCAAGGCGUAUUCCCAAAAAGACCCUUGAUCUUUGGCAUUGUAGAAACUCGUGACAAGAGAUCGCAACAAUUCAGUGCUUGGUAUAUACAGCAACAGACAACUUUACAUGUUAUAUCAUCUAUGCAGAGGAUAUGUAAUAUGAUCUACAAAUCAGAUUAUCCCGAUAAAACGGCGAUGGAUGGACAACUUGAAAUGGGUAAAAUAACACAGUCUCCCCAGCCCGUUAAUGCAGAUGACGAUCAGCGUCAGCGGUUCCUCCUCUGCAUCACUUCGAGAGAUUCAUCAACAGAAGAUGGAACAAUCGAAGAGAAAAAGUUUGAGGAGUAUGCUGCCUUGCGUAAAAAGGAAACUGAGCUCGAGGGAAGUAUCCGACAAAGCAAGCGGGAGCUAGAGGUUGACAACCUGAGGGACCUUGCGACAUAUAUACACAAAGCCAACACGAAGCCUCUAAAGGCUAGAAAGUCAAUUGGUAAACUCAUUGACAAGCGCCAUGUCUUUGUCUUAGAGAUAGAAACCAGCUACAAACUUCAUCACGAACAAUGCAUCGAAAAGUAUGAAGACCUGCAGAAACCGGCACUCUUGGGCUGUCCUGGUUGUAUCCUUCUUCAGGAGGCAUGGGUCUGGUGCAUUCCCGAUGAGAAGUUGCGCUCAAAGGCAUGGCUUACCUUCAACAUCGACACAUCUAAGAUGUAUUUUCAUCUCUUCACCAGUCGUGUCAUUGAUCUAGACAUUUUCACUCUUCCAGAUACCGAGGAUUAUAUACGGCUCGUGAAUGUGGCCAACGUCCGCUACGCCUGUCUGAGUCACUGCUGGGGUAGCACUCGAUCGAAACACUUGACGAAACAGGAAAACAUACUGAACAAUGAGUCAGGCAUACCUCUACUUGAACUACCCAAGACAUUCCAGGACGCCGUUCAUAUAACCAAGGCGCUUGGGAUUCGCUAUUUAUGGAUUGAUACUUUUUGUAUCAUCCAAGACGACGAGAAGGACUGGGAAACCCAGGCGUCACUGAUGGCAGCAAUCUACGAGAAUGCAUACAUCACUCUAGCAGCAGGGGCAAGUGACAAUGAUGAUGGUGGGUUCUUCGCAAAGUCUCGUGACAAAUUCACAAAACUGCACAAAUUUCACUUGGAUGUCGAUGGCAUUGACCAUGAAAUUCACAUGAGGCACGCUGUUCCACAUCCAGGUCAAGGAUGGCCAUGCGGAGAAGUGUUACCCUUGAUGACUCGUGCUUGGACUAUGCAAGAGCGUAUACUUGCCAAGAGAUAUCUGUGCUUUGCACAAAAUGAGAUUUUUUGGGAGUGCCAGGAGGAUGUUUCUUGCUGUUGCACAAUAGCAGAAGGCCCUUUCAACCCCUGUGAUGGGAAGCCGAAAUUCCAUGGAUGUCAACCAUUGAAGUACCAAUGUUCGCUGUUGAAUGAUUUGUCAUCGGAUGACCUCGCAAAUGUCUGGCGAGACCUCGUUGAGGAAUACUCUGGAAGGGACCUGACAAAACCAAGUGACAAGUUGCCUGCUCUCGCAGGACUUGCAGAGAAGUUCCAGCGAACAUUUGGCUCGCCUUAUCUGGCUGGCCUAUGGCUCAAGAAUCUUCGCAAAGAGUUGGCUUGGCGAACUAUGGGGGACGAGGCCUCGUUCGGCCGCGUUCGAAAAGGUCCUUCAUGGACGUGGGCGGCGGCUUGUGAUUCACGGAUCACUUGGCCGUCCAUAACAUUGCACAAAACCUUCCAAGUCAAGGGUACACCUAUCCAUGACGGGACGCACAGAUUCAAUUUGCACUCGUAUGCCAUGGGUUCGCAUCUACUUCUCCAUGGACUCAUACAACCUAUUUCUAUUCGAACCUUUACUGAACUUGACGAUUAUGAGACUAGCUUCCCUUUGGCGCGUCACUGCGAAGUAGUAGAGUGGUCGAGGCGUCACUCUGAACAUAGUCAAUCACUUGUCCGGUGCUUCGGGUCUCUUGUCGAGCCUGCAGAGCCAAAGACAAGAAAUGAACAAACAGAGGUGGAGACUUAUAAGAAGCCGCCCCAGCAUGGGGAUUUCUGUGCCGAUUAUCGUUUCUGGGAAACAGAAGAAGAAUUACGAGAGGCACUACAGCAUGCUUACUUCCUAUUCCUGGGCACUGAAAGUGAUACUGAUCCUCUUUGGAUCGAUGGGAUUGUGUUGAAGCCUCGACCGGGACACUUCAAUGACACAAAAUGCUCGUAUGAGAGAAUUGGCUGGCUUCGAUACUGUACUCUAGAGUCGGUGACGGAAUCAGAAUGGACGCCUCGGGGUACUAAAUCAAUAGUGACUCUCUUCUGA